AUGAUGACUUUAUGGCGCACUGUUACUAAGGCUGGGCCGCCCAGUCUACUGGCAAUUGAUACCACGAGCGGCUCGGCAUACUUUGCCCUGGAUAUUAGCGAAGGAAAUGACCAGCAGCAGUCAGUUCUUUGGGCACGAAUCAAAGUAGUCAACAAUCAGAUCACAGAGUUGGAGCUGUAUGUUAAUCGCUCCCGCGGCGACCAUGGUUUCUCCUUUUCAGCUGAGGAGCUUCCAGAAAACUACAAGCGUUGGAUGUCUCCGCCCGCAGAUCGCCAGAAGGCAACCAGGGCACAGCUAGAGGAGCUUAGCGAGGCGACUUUCAACCCGAAUAGCACCUUUUCAGUAAGCGUUGCAUCGGAUUGCCAAUUUACCGAAGAGGGCUGGAGCGUGAUUGAUCCCGGGCCAGAUGGCAACGGUUCGACAGCUGUACUUGGAUGCAGCUGGCCCGAGGAUCGCCCCGCUGACUCAAAGGCGCGUACCAACCUAGUCAUUGAUGAGGAAACCGGCAUCGUCGUCACUGGAGGUCUGAUCCCUGGUAAGGUCUAUCCCUACGGGAAGAUUUCUGCCUUCAUUCCAGACGACAUGAAGCAGGCGCAGGAACAGCAGGACGAGUGGUUGGCGAAGAAGCAGGCUGAGGGUACUCUCUCGCUACUAGUUCCUACCGCAGCAAUUGGUGAAACUCUACAAGUUCUUCAAUACUACAACAGCACACUCCAGGGCCAGCAAAUCAUGCUCUAUUUGAGUGGCCCUGGAAUGCAAUCAGUCUGGGUGCAGUAA